UGAACUCUAUUUGAGUUAUUUGUCAAUAAAAGGCGUUUUAAAGUUUAAAUCACUUUUGAAAGACAUGACAAGACAUCACCUCAUUUGACGCGUCCAUCUAAUCCAGACACUACUCAACCACACAUCCAAUCAGUCCAUUGACACCACUCGACGGUGCAGACAAUGAAGACGUUUUGUUGGCAAAUAAAUUAAUUGAAUUUGAUUUGAUUGUCUCAUUGACGGCUGAUUUGGAAGUAUUGGAAGCGAUUGAGUGAUUGCUUAUCAGCAGAGAUGUCGGACAAAGACUACUCACCGCUGAGUAAUGCCUGCGUUCGGGCCCUCAAUGACAAACUCUACGACAAACGAAAAGCGGCGGCUCUUGAGAUCGAAAAAAUGGCCAGAGAUUUCAAUACCGUUGGGAAUGUGACACAAAUCAAGAAGUUGCUGAAGACAUUGGGUCAGGACUUCACGCUCUCUAAUAAUCCCAAUUCGAGGAAAGGAGGUCUCAUAGGGUUGGCUGCGAUGGCCAUAGCGUUGGGCAGAGACUCGACGCCAUAUAUCGAUGACCUGAUCCGUCCGUUGCUGUCGUGCUUCGCAGACCAGGACUCGAGAGUGCGUUACUAUGCCUGCGAAGCGCUGUAUAAUGUGGUGAAAGUGAGCCGAUCCGAUGUCUUACCACUCUUUAACGAAGUGUUCGACUCGUUGUCCAAAUUGGCUGCAGAUCCCGACCAGAAUGUCAAGAGUGGCGCCGAACUCCUGGAUCGGCUCAUGAAAGACAUUGUCACCGAAAGCCCGACUUUUAAUUUGAUUGAAUUGAUUGAUUUGAUUCGAGACAGGAUUCAUGGCAUCAAUCAGUUUUCGCGACAAUUUAUUGUGUCGUGGAUUUCAUUACUGGAUUCAGUGCCGGAAAUCGAUGUCAUUGUCUUUUUGCCCAAACUUCUCGACGGAUUGCUUAAGAUAUUAGCGGAUCCGACCCCUGAGAUUCACCGAAUGACUGAACAUUGUUUGGCAGAGUUUUUGUUUAAAAUCAUUCAAAACCCGUCGAAAACAGACUUCUCUUCAAUGAUUAAUAUCCUAACCGUUCACUCGCAGGCGACUGACGAUCCGUUAGUACAAUACACGGCCCUUACAUGGCUUAAGGAGUUCAUGAAUUUGGCCAAUAGUCGAGAUCUGUUGCCAUUCUCUGCCAGCAUUUUGACGGCAAUCCUUCCGUGUCUGACAUCAUCUUCGGAUCAAAACGACGAUUCGGACGAUAAGAACAAAAGCACAACCAAUAUAAACAUCAGAGAAGUGGCCAAAGUGUUGAACUAUAGUUUGAUGCAAUUGGUGACUAUGCAGGACAGCCAACACGACGAGAUGAGUCCUACUAUUGGCCACCAGUCAAGCCAUUCGGCGCACAACGAGUCGACAAAUAUCUCAGAUUCAGUACAAAAUUCUUUGGAUAUAACGAGUCUUUUGGAAGUAUUGGUUCGAGAACUGAAAGCAGGAGAAAACGCGUCCACUUUAAGUAAAUUAGCGGUUCUUCGUUGGAUUCUUCACCUCUACUCUAAAGUCCCGCAGAAAAUAGUCAGUCAUUUAGAGAGUGAACUCUUUCCCGUCCUCCUUAAGACACUUUCGGACAAAUCAGAUGAAGUCGUUUUAAUGGAUCUUAAAGUUUUGGCUCAAAUUUUUAGUUCAGCGCCGACUGUCACUGUGGGCUCUGAUGUGAGAACGACUGUCCAAUUAACAGCUGGAGCUGAGAGUCCGUCAUAUUUUACGAGAUUUAUGACGGAUUUAUUGAAGUUAUUUCACAAAAAUGGUAACGUUUUGGAAGAGAGGGGGUCUUUCAUCAUACGUCAGCUCUGCCUCCUUAUGACAGCCGAAGACAUUUACCGCUCAUUGUCUGAAAUAUUACUCGAUUACGAAGACCUGCGCUUUGCCUACACUAUUGUGCAGACAUUGAACACAAUUCUGUUGACUUCGAGCGAACUCUUUGACCUCAGGAGUCAAUUAAAGAACUUGAAGACCGAUGAGAGCUGUUCCCUGUUUUGUUGUCUUUAUAGAACGUGGUGUCACUCACCUGUGGCCACAGUGUCCCUGUGCUUCCUCACUAAGAACUAUAAACACGCCUGUGAUCUGUUAAUGCUCUUCGGUGACCUCAAUCUGACACUCGAGUUCCUUACAGAAGUGGACCAAAUGGUCCAACUCUUGGAGUCACCCAUAUUUGCUUAUUUAAGACUCGAAUUACUAGACGUUGAGAAUAAUUGUGAUCUAAUAAAGAGUUUAUACGGACUGCUAAUGAUUUUGCCUCAAAGCGAAGCCUUUCAUUUGCUACGCAAACGACUUCAGUGUUUGCCUAACUUUAGUCUCUACUCCUCUUCUGAUUCUCAAAAAAAGAGUGUCAUCAAAAGCAGUCCAACGCAACCAAACAUGGAUUUCAAAGAACUUCUUCGACAUUUCCAUUCAGUCCAACACAAGCAUCAGAACUGGAGCCGAACCACAGAGGCUUGGAAUCGGAUUAACGACAGAUCUUAUAACACAUAAGCAAACCAUUUGAUAAGAAAAGUGGAGAUC